GAAAGCAGAGUUUCUCAUCAAAAUCAAAGAGAAGAAAAUAAAAGUUUCUUCUUCUUCUUUGAUAUUUGCUGAGAAACCCUAGUUUUGUUUAGGAAUGGCAUCACCAGACUGGUUAAACAAAGGAGACAAUGCAUGGCAAUUAACAUCAGCAACUCUCGUUGGUUUACAAAGUGUACCAGGUUUAGUGAUUCUUUAUGGAAGUAUUGUUAAGAAAAAAUGGGCUGUUAAUUCAGCUUUCAUGGCUUUUUAUGCCUUUUCUGCUGUUUUAAUAUGUUGGGUUACAUGGGCAUAUAAGAUGUCAUUUGGUGAACAGCUUUUACCAUUCUUAGGUAAACCUGGUCCAUCAUUGGAUCAGAAGUUUUUGAUCAAUCAAGCAACAUUACCAGCAACAACUCAGUAUUAUCAUAACGGUACUGUUGAAACAGCCGGUAUUGCACCAAACUAUCCAAUGGGAUCGCUUGUUAUUUAUCAGUUUGUUUUUGCAGCUAUAACAUUGGUUUUAUUGGCUGGUUCUUUGUUGGGUAGAAUGAAUUUCAAAGCUUGGAUGGUUUUCGUUCCCCUUUGGUUAACCUUUUCAUAUACUAUUGGUGCUUUUAGUAUUUGGGGUGGUGGUUUUUUGUUUCAUUGGGGUGUUAUGGAUUAUGCUGGUGGUUACGUUAUUCAUCUCUCUUCUGGUGUUGCUGGUUUAACUGCUGCUUAUUGGGUGGGUCCGAGAUUGAAGAAAGACAGAGAGAGUUUCCCACCAAACAAUGUGUUGAUGACAUUGACUGGAGCAGGAUUACUUUGGAUGGGAUGGGCAGGUUUCAAUGGUGGUGCUCCAUAUGCUUCUAAUGUACUGUCAUCCAUGGCUAUAUUGAACACAAACAUUUGUGCAACAACAAGUAUCCUUAUAUGGACAUGUUUGGAUGUCAUCUUCUUUAAGAAACCUUCAGUUAUUGGUGCUGUACAGGGAAUGAUCACUGGUCUUGUGUGCAUUACUCCUGGUGCAGGUCUAGUUCAAGGAUGGGCAGCUAUAGUAAUGGGGGUUCUCUCAGGCAGCAUUCCAUGGUUCACCAUGAUGGUAGUCCACAAAAGAUGUAGCUUACUUCAAAAAAUCGACGAUACCCUUGGUGUCUUCCAUACUCAUGCCGUAGCUGGUAUUCUUGGAGGUGUUUUGACCGGCUUGUUUGCAGAGCCUGAAUUAUCUGCUCUUUUCUUACCCGUCACAAACUCUAGGGGUGCAAUUUAUGGAGGAUCAGGUGGCAUGCAACUCGUUAAGCAGCUUGCUGGGGCUGGUUUUAUCGUUGUUUUGAACGUCAUUGUUACGACAAUUAUAUGCUUAUUAAUUAGGUUAGUUAUCCCACUAAUAAUGCCCGAGGAACAAUUGUUGGUUGGAGACGAUGCUGCACAUGGUGAAGAAGCUUAUGCAUUGUGGGGUGAUGGCGAAACGUAUGAUGAAUCUAAACAUGGAUGGUAUUCUGAUGAUACUACUCAUCACAGGAAGGGUGCCAAUACAGGUGUUAUUGGCCAGCUUAAUGUCUAGAUAGGUUACAUAUUAGAAUUUAAUGAUCAGCCUACAAGUGUUAAUAUUAAGAAGGGUUUGGUGAUAGCGCAUUCCUGGUCAUAGUUAUUUGCUUUUACUUUUAUUUGCUUAGAGUUUGAUGAUCAGCGUGCAAGUGUGAAUAUUAAGAAGGGUUUGGUGAUAGCGCAUUCCUGGUCGUAGUUAUCUGCUUUUAUUUUUAUGUACAUAAAUUUUAUGAGUGCAGAAAUAUUGAUGGUUAAUAUAUAUGGUUUAAGGGUAUUGCGAUCUUGA